GCGCGGUCUUGUUAUCUAACUAAAAACUAUCACGAGACCAUUGAUCAAGCUGAAUUAAGAUAAUCAUUUCUUGAACCGCGUGACCGAUAAUUUCAGACAAAAAGCAUUAGCUUUUGAUCUCUCAGAACAUUCCCGUUGUAGACGUUUUAUUAGAACAACAGAAAAAUGCAGCGUCUGCAACUUUUAUGUGUUCUUAUAGUGCUAUCAGUUUGCGGCAGCUAUUCGCUGCCACAAAAGACCAGAAGUCCACCUGUCUUUGAUACCAAUUAUUCCAUCAAAGGAGUUCUUCUCCUUCCCUAUGCUGAAAUCAGGGAACCCUUCGCAGCCUUCUACGAUCAGCAGAACAAGAGAAGUCGCAUUGAUUAUUAUGGAAAUACUGUACAGACGUACCAGAGAGCCGACAUGGGCGAUUUUGGCGUCAGUUACAAAAUCGCUUACAUGCCCGACGAAAGCGGCACACCAGUGCGCACUUGCUUUCAAGUGAAUGGAUCAAAUGAGAACCCUGUGGGGAUCCAGAGUAUCAUUCCUGAUUUGAGUGUAUUCGGUUAUGUUAAAGACGCCGACUGCUACGAACAAAAUUCUCUGUAUCCUUAUAAGCCCAAUGAUGACUUAUGCGAACUUUGGCAAGCUGUGAACUCAGUUGGUGAUAAAGAAAAUAAGUACAGUAUGUACAUCAGCAAAACAACUGGAGCACCAGUCCACUACGUUAUGAGAGGUUACAAUAACCUUCUUGGAUCUCAUUACGAUAAGUACGAGCUCUACUAUUCCAGCUACGAACCUGGAAGCGUAACAGACGAUGACUUUGAAAUUGACACAAGCAUAGAAUGCGGUAACUUUCCUGGUCCAGGAGUUGAAAGAAUGGUAUUUAACAACCCAAUGAUUGAGUUUAUCAACAACGAAGACACGCACGUUCACGAGAGUUUUGAAGACUUCAAGGAGAAGCAUGGAAAAAGCUACUCAGAUCCCACCGAACAUGAAAGCAGAAAAAAUAUUUAUAGACAAAAUUACAGGUACGUGCAGAGUAUGAACCGAGCUGGAUUGACUUAUGCUCUGAAGUUGAACCACAUGGCAGAUUUCAACGAUGCUGAAUUCCGAACCAUUCGUGGGCGUUUACCUUCUUCUGGUUACAAUGGAGGGAAACCAUUUCCAAAAGAAGAAUUUUCCGAAGCUGUUCCAGAUUCUUUGGAUUGGCGUUUAUAUGGUGCUGUGACUCCGGUAAAAGAUCAGGCAGUCUGCGGCUCUUGCUGGAGUUUCGGAACCACUGGAACUAUUGAGGGAGCCUACUUUUUGAAAAACAACAAGCUGGUUCGCCUUUCGCAGCAACAGCUCAUUGAUUGCAGCUGGAAAUUUGAAAAUAACGGUUGCGACGGUGGUGAGGAUUUCCGGGCUUAUAAAUACAUCAUGGAGGCGGGUGGUUUGGCCAGUGAAGAAGAUUAUGGGCAUUACCUUGGACAGGAUGGCAUCUGUCAUGACAAGAGCGUUUUUAAAACAGCCCAACUGAAAGGUUUUGUAAACGUUACCAGUGGAGAUUUGAAUGCUUUGAAACAAGCCAUAGCAAAGAAAGGGCCGAUUUCUGUAAGCAUUGAUGCUUCCCACAAGUCAUUCUCCUUUUAUUCGCAUGGUGUCUACUACGAUUCUGAUUGCAAAAGCGGAUCAGAUCAACUGGAUCAUUCCGUCUUAGCAGUUGGUUACGGUGUAAUGAACGGUCAACCCUACUGGAUCGUGAAGAACUCUUGGUCCACUUACUGGGGAAAUGAUGGUUAUGUGUUGAUGAGCCAAAAGGAUAACAACUGUGGAGUUGCUACAUCACCAACUUAUGUUGAAAUGUGAUAGAAAAGCAAGCAGCUUCAUCUAAGUGCCAAAUAAUUUUAUAGAGGGGAGAAAACAUUUUAUUCUCAAGACAAUUUAAUAAUAUCUACUGAAAUGCUGUUCAAGUUACAACUGUCUUAAUAAAGAAGCAUUUUCAGGUCUAGUGCAACUCAAGCAUUUGAAA